AUUAGAGAAAAUUAUUGGUGGCAGCCAAUCCUCUCGCAGUGAUGACAUUACAUUGGUUCCGGUAUUCAGAGCGCCUCAGAGGAUGAGCAUAGGUUGUGCUUCGCUCUUUCCAUUUCUUCGUCAGAAUGUUCCUGGUUCAUGCUUUCUCCCAUGCUGUGACACUAGCCAUUAUAAUCACUGUGAUGGCUGAAGAAAAGACUUGUGACCUUCUUGGGGAACGGGAACAAGAAUCCUCAAAAGAAGUAGCAUUGAUGAACAGACUGAAGCCACUUUUCAAUCAAAGUUUUGAAACAGAAAGCAAGAAUGGUGAUGGCCAGUACAUUUACAGACUGAGGAUAUGUCGGGAAGUCUUCAACAAUAUGACCAAUUCUGGUCUGGUGCAGAUCAGCAAGAUAGACAACAAACAAAAAGUAAUAGGACGAAUCAAUGAGACCCAUCUUGCAAACGGAACUAGCUGGAUUUUGCUGAUCUAUCAGGGUGGCGAUCCCUAUGGUAGCCAUUGUACACAGGAAGACAGGAAAGCUUUAGUAAUGAUUAUCUGCAACCGAACAACAUUAGCAACUGGCUUCACCAUGGUGGCAGAAGAGAGGGAGAAGAUAAAGCAAUGUUCCUAUGUUUUUGAGUUAGAGAGCAGCUUGGCUUGUCCUCUGGAAGAAUUGCAUCACAAUGUACACCGUCACCUUAGUAUUGGCUCUAUACUGCUAAUCACAUUUUCCUCACUAAUUGCAGUAUACAUCAUUGGAGGAUUCCUCUACCAGCGUCUGAUAGUAGGAGCAAAGGGCAUGGAACAGUUUCCCCAUUUUGCUUUCUGGCAAGAUCUUGGUAAUCUAGUAGCUGAUGGCUGUGAUUUCAUGUGUCGUUCUAGACCACAGAAUGUACCAGCUGCAUAUCGUGGUGUUGGUGAUGACCAGCUUAGAGAGGAAUCAGAAGAGCAAGAUGACCACUUGCUGCCCAUGUGAUCUUUACCUUUUAUUUGUGUAUAGUUCUUAAACAAAUGACAUCCAGUCAGUUUUCCCAUCUAAUUACCCUUGUAAGCCACUUGCUUUCACUUUAAAUACCUAUUAUUCUGCACACUAUUUUUCAUAUUUGUGAUAUAAAUAAAUUCUGUGCAAGUUUUAUGAACAUAAAGCUGUACUAAGGAGCUUUGGACUGACUACUCAGAACCAUUUUCCAAAAGGGACAGUUUGACUAUACACAGAAAAGAAAUAAUCAAUGGAAGAGGAAAGGGUUUGAAGUAAUGCUAAUAGAUUUGAGCUACAGUGACUAAAUGUACUUGCAUAUUUCCUACAGGCUUUAUUCUUAAAAAACACUGAUUUCUGAUUUUCAGUUAUGCAGUUAUAA